GGUUUAAGAUGCUUUUGCUUGCUGAACAAAAGCCUCAAAAUCCGAACAUCACUCCUUGGAUACGUUUAUAAAGUCAGUAUCUUUCCUAUUACAGCAACCAUGUCAAAGAUUUUGAAAACCCAAAUUUCGUUACUUGAACAUGGUGGGUUUUGUGUACAAUCCCACAAGUGAAGAGGUUGAAGAAGAUAAAAAAUUUCAACCCUUUACAGAGCUUAACAAACAAAACGACCCCUUUAGCCUAUCCGUUCCUGAUUUUGACGACUCUUUUUUGUCUUCUGCUGAUUUUGAUUCAAUCAAAGAUUUAAUCUUGGAUACCCCUAUGGCUGAAGUUAAACAAGAACCAGCUGAGUUUGGUUCUGAACAAGUUGAGUUUAGCACUAUGGAUAAGGAUAAUGAAUUGGGUACUUGUGAAAUUUCUGAUAAUUAUGAAGUUCAAAAGGAGGGUUGUGUAAAGUUGGAUUCUUUGAGUUGUUUGAAGGUGGAAAAGAGUGAAUGUGGAGAAGUGGGUAACUUGGGUUGUAUAGUUGAGGAGGGUAUUGGGAAAGUUAGUAUAAGUGGGACAGAGGAUGAAAGAGUUGUUGACCAAGAUGGCAAUAGGGCGAAUAUUGCUGAAGCUGAUAUUGGCAGUUGUAGCAUUGUCAGUGAUAGUGCGGCGGCUGUCGCUAGCAAGAGUGUGGAGAGCGAUCAAGUUUCCAUCAUCAGUAGUAGGGCUGAGGAAAGAAGUGUUGAUGGAAGUACAGUGAAUGGUGAUAAGUUAAAAGGGGGUGAAGAUGGGAGUACUAGUGAUACCGAGUCUGAAAGCGAGAGCUCAGCCUCUUCUUCAGCCUCUAGUAGUGAUGACAAGAGUAGCUCGAGCGAGGAAGAAGGAGGGGAGGUGGAUAUGGAAGAAGGUGAAAUUGAAGCAUCUGAUCCCGAUGAGAUGGUUGCUUGGAAUGAAGAUGAUGAGGACACUGGUGUUAAGGGACCUAUCAGGUCUAAGAAUGAGGUUCAGGCUCUUCCCCCAGUUCCUGCAGUGACUGUAACCUUACAACCACAUCACCAAAUGCUGCCUGUGGGAGUUGUAUCAUCGAUCGUUGGAGCCCAAGUUGUAGUAGAAGGGGUGGAAAAGCAUACUCCUCUUUACGACGGUUCUAUUCUCUGGAUUACAGAAAGCAGAUCCCCACUAGGUAUAGUGGAUGAGAUUUUUGGGCCUGUCAAGAACCCUUACUACAUUGUAAGAUACAAUUCUGAUAACGAAGUCCCAACUGGAAUCAACCCAGGCACCUUGAUCUCUUUUGUCCCUGAAUUUUCCGAACAUGUCUUAAAUGACAACAGUCUUUACAAGAAAGGGUAUGAUGCAUCUGGUGAAAAUGAUGAAGAGGUGUCCGAGGCGGAAGAAUUUUCAGAUGAUGAGAAGGAGGCUGAGUACAAGAGAAUGCUGAAAAUGAAAAAGAGGGGUGCCACAAAUGACCAGAAACUAGGAAACAACAAGGACAAAAGGAAACUGAAAAAUAAAUCUCAGAACUGGAAACACAAUGAAUCUGCGGCUGCAGAUGCGCAACGUGAAAAUGCUAAGCCACCAGUCGACCAAAGUCAACGUUUUAUCUCAGCUGCUGCUGGUUCACUGGAUCAAGGUGUUCAUCCAAACUCCUCGUUUCAAGGACAUGUACAGAGUAGUAGGCCUCCAUCAGUCCCUCCAUUCCCUUAUAUGGAAAAAGGCCCUGGUCAAGCUGCACCGUCAACUGGAGUUUGGACGAAUGGAAUCCCAUAUCAGCAGCCCCAGAAUAUGGGCUUUCCUAAUGCACUGUCGAGUAUUGGCAUGCCAUGGCCACAACAGAUUCAUCAACAGCAAAUGUUCUCAAUGCCUUCGCCAAAUGCAGUACCUUUUGAGCAGCAAAUGAAUCCAUCUACUUUUAUCUUCCCAGGUGGCCAACCAAAUUUUGGUGCCGGGCCAUCUUUUCUACCUUGGCCUGCAUUAGGACAAAAUGUUUAUAAUCAACCACAACUGUCAAUGGGUCAAAUGGCUCCUUCGCCCUUGAUUUUGGGAGGUCAGGUACCGGUGAAUGGACCACAAAUGGUACAGAACAACAAUUCACAACCAAAUGCUGCAGGUCCAGGCUAUAUAAAUGGCUCUCCAAACUUCAAUCAAGGCCAUCAUUCAGGUGGUGGUCGGAGAGGGAAUCACAGGGGUGGUGGCCGUUUUGGUGGUAGGAGAGGCAGGACAACUGAAAGGUGAAAAAAUGUACCAUUGAUACCAUGCACGGAGAAAAUUAGUUGUAAUUUCUAUUAAAAAUACAGUAGUAGCAGUAGUAGUAGUAGUAGUAUAAGAUUUCCGAGUUUACUUCCCCUUUUCCUUCAGGGAUCAAAUGUGUACAGGGAUAUUCACAUUUUUAUGGUUUCAUCAAAUGUAAUGCAUUUUUUCCCAAAUUCUAA